AUGCGAAUUUUCAUGUGUGCCAUUGACUUUGACCGUGUCUUCCAUCGUUCUGCUGCGAAGACGUCUUCCAAUCCAACAACAUCGGCUGGCUGCUUUCGCGUGCUCAAUCGCGAGCAGUUCGAAAAGAUAACGUCAGCCGACGAGUUAGCAGCUUUCGAGGCUCGUCGUAGCAGUUACUACAGCUCGUCUAUUGAACGUCCGCAGUUCCUCCUCUUUUGCGGUAGCGACACAUCGGCGUCGCCAAUGACUUUAGCUAAUGAAAGCACUCGGUCUUCUCGUCCACAUGCCCCUGCUCCUGCAAAGCCAAGUAUUGACCACCGCAUGCCCGUGUUCUUCAUGCCGCCGUUGUCACCUGCUUGUCCCGCCGAUGGGGUCAAAUUUGUCGGUUGCUAA